CAGCUGUCUGAAUCAUUUAAAAAGAAAAAACGUGUUCGUAGUGUCCUGUCGUCUGGUGUGUUUAUAUUUGUUUAUUUAAAUAUUGUUAAAUAAAAAAUGGCUAACGUAUCACAUAAAAGUAAAAAAAAAGGAGAAAAUUCAAAUAAUCAAAGAAGAAAAUUUAAAACAGCAACUAGGAAAAAAACAAUCCCUCAAAGCAAAAAAGUUGAAAUAUUGAAGUCAAAGUAUAAAGAGAUCGAUGAGUCAAAAAUUAAAAAAUUUUCCGAUUUCCCAUUAUCUGAGAAAACAUUGAAAGGAUUGAAAGAAUCUAAAUAUUUUGUCCCAUCAGAGAUUCAAAGACAAUGUAUCGGAAAAGCACUUCAAGGGUACGACAUUUUAGGGGCGGCAAAAACUGGCAGUGGAAAAACACUUGCUUUUUUAAUUCCGGUGCUCGAAUUAUUGUAUUGUGAGUUAUGGUCAAGGGAAGAUCGUCUAGGAGCAAUGAUAAUAACUCCCACGCGGGAAUUAGCUUUACAAAUCUUUGAAACCUUAAGAAGUAUAGGAAGACAUCAUGAUUUUUCUGCUGCUUUAAUUAUAGGCGGUAAAGAUUGGAAAUUUGAAAGGAACCGUAUGGAAACUUGUAAUAUCGUUAUCGGAACACCAGGAAGAAUUCUUCAACAUUUAGAUGAAAACGCAAGUUUUGAUACCAAUCCCUUGAAAAUUCUCGUUCUUGAUGAAGCUGAUAGAUGUUUAGAUCAAGGUUUUCAAAAUGAUAUUGAUGCUAUUAUGGAUCAUUUACCAAAAAAAAAGCAAACGUUGCUGUUCUCCGCUACUCAGACCAAGUCAGUUAAAGAUUUAGCUAGAUUAAAUUUAUCAAAAGAUCGUCAAUAUAUUUCUGUUCACGAGCACAUGAAAUAUGUUACACCAGAUAAUUUAAAACAAAGUUAUACUGUUUGUAAUUUGGACAACAAGGUAGCGAUGCUCUGGUCUUUUCUAAAAAGACAUACACAGCAAAAAAUAAUUGUCUUUUUCUCAACUUGCAAACAAACAAAAUACAUGUUUGAAUGUUUCUGUAAAUUACGUCCCGGAAUUCCUAUCACAGCACUUUAUGGUACAAUGCAUCAACUGAGACGAAUGAAAAUUUAUGAGAAGUUUUGUACAACAAACAAAGCUGCACUUUUUUGUACAGAUAUUGCUUCACGUGGACUAGAUUUUCCUGGUGUUAAUUGGGUAGUACAAAUGGAUUGUCCAGAAGAUACUGAUCAAUAUAUUCACAGAGCUGGUAGAACGGCAAGAUUUGAAGAUGAUGGUCAAUCACUUUUAGUAUUAACACCUAAUGAAAUAAAAAUGAUUGACAAAUUAGUUGCCAGAAAAAUUCCUAUUAAUAAAGUCAAAAUUGAUGAUAAAUAUAUAAUAUCUCCACACCGACAACUUGAAGCAUUCCUUGCCAGAGAUGUAGAACUGAAACAAUCAGCCAAAAGAGCUUUUCUUUCUUAUAUUAAAUCAGUAGCUUUAAUGAAGGAUAAAGAAAUUUUUGACGUCCACUCCUUGAAUACGGAUGCAUAUGCAGCAUCGUUGGGCUUAGCUAUCCCUCCAAGAGUUCGUUUUCUUCAAAGGCACAAAAACAAUUUAGAGAAACAAAAUAAAUCUAAUGAAAAAGAAAAUGAAUUAUUAGGUGAUGAGGAAUCAGAUCAAGACUCAGAAGAAGAUGAUCAUGAAAGGAAAGAAAAACAUAAAGAAGAUGAUGGUAGUGAUAAUGAUGAUGAUGAUAAUAACGAAAAUGAAGAUGAGGAUGAGGAAAUACAAAAAAAUACUCACGAAAAAAAAAACUCCUCGAUAAAAAAUGAUGGAUUUAAAAAUGCAUUUGGAACCAAUGAAUUUGCAAACGAUGACAGUGGCGACGAUUUAUUGACAAUAAAACGGAAAAAUGUUCAGAUUGAAGACGGGGAUGCGGAUGAAUUUGCAGAAGAUUUUCCUCAAAAAACAUCAAAGAAAAUAAUCACUAAAGCUGCAGCUGCGAAAAAAAUUCUUCAUAAAAAGUUAAUUCCUAAUAAAAAAAUAACAUUCGAUGAAGAAGGAAAGGAAGUACUUGAUUCAGCUAAAUCUCAAGUAUCUCAAUUAGCAAGAGAGCAUGAAAAUUACGAACCUUCGGGAAUCGAUAUUGAAUUAUCGAAAAAAAUUUUGCGUGAAGAAGAUAAAAUUGAUAAACAACGGUUUCAAGAAAAAAUUAAAGCAAAACGUCGUGAAGCGAAACGUAAACUUAAAGCACAAAUGAAUAAGGAUAACGAUGAAGAUGAUGAUGAUGAUGAUGAAUAUGUAACAUUACCUCGUGGUAAAAAGGGAAAAUCUAGAGUAGUGAAAUUAGCAAGUGCUAGUGAAGAUGAAAAUGAUUCUGAUGGUCCAGAUUUAUCUUGGAUACCCGAUCCUGACAAAAUUUAUGGUCCUAAAAAAGACACCAGUAAUGAUGAAGAUUCUGAGUCUGAUCAAGCAAUUAACAGUAGGCCAUCGAAAAGAAAAUUACCAAAUCAGGAUAAUCUGAGAGAAACUCAACCCAAGUUGAAAGUUCCCAAAAAUAGUGAUUUACUUGCAACAGAGGAAUUGGCAUUACAAUUAUUGAACAAUUAAGAUAAUUAAUUGUAUGUACGUUAAAUCAAUUUUUAUUUCUAAUUAUAUUAGUAAAUUAAAUAAUUUUAAUAAAUCACAAAAAAUGUGUUUAAUAUUUUAUGCGAACUAACAUUGAAUUUUUUUUUUUUUUUUUUAAUUAAUAAAUUGGUAAUGCGUAUAUUACAAAUAAUUUUGUUAUUAUUGGUAUAUAUAUAUUAACAAACUGUACAAGAAGAAUUCACAUUAUUUGAAAUACACAAGUUUGUGCCUCAUGAUUAUACUCUACAGAACAACAUUAUUUUAAUCACUUAUACUUAAAUAAAUAGCAGCAGAAAAUAAAGGU